AUGAUCGUGGGAACAAAACUGUUUGAGCGAACAGUCAACAACACACUGAUGCUCCAGUGUGGAAAUCAAACAGUUCUCCUGAAGAGGAGAAUGACCUUGGAGUUUCCCACUGUCACUCCCACAGCACCUGCCACAGCCACAGAUGGAGCUUUGGGAAUGCUUUCCCUUUCAAAGGGGCUUGCAGAGGUGUUUUGCGAGGAGUCAGAAAACGACCAAACAUUUUAUGGCUUCUCCGACGACGAAAUAAAUGAAUUUUGUAAUAUUUCGGACACUCAACCUGACGCUGAUGUCAAAGUUUCACCUCAAGUAUCAAUCAAGAAGUCUGGUCCUUCACGCUUCACACUGAGAGUGUCGCUUCGGUCUCGCAAACAUCAUAUCGCUAGCGAUGAUGAUGAUGAUGAUGAUGAUUAUGAGGACGAGGAGAAGGAGAAUAUAGAGGUGACGAAGGGCAAAAAGAAGCCUGUAAGGGCAAAAAGUGGAAAUGUGGUGUUUAAGGUGGAAGCGAAUACCGCAAGGUCUGAAACACCUUCGUCUCCUCCAGUGUCAGGCUCUGACACGGAGGGCGAAUCCUUCCUUGCAAAGAGAGCCAUGAAUAUCAAAGCAAACAAAGCAAUGUUAGCUCAGCUGAUGGCAGACUUGCAGAAGAUGCCAGGAGCUUUGCUGAAGAAGACUGAAGGCAAGCCCAAAAAGGAGCCACGCACAGGACGUACCCCUCGUCCCUCUACAGCUGCAGAAUCUCGCCGAAACCCAGAGCGAACAUCCCGCAGACAGACCCGCUCCAUGGGUGGCACCAUGGAUGACUCCUCUAACUUGAAAGACCAGGAGGAGCUGGAGUUGACUCUGGAAGAUGAGCUUAUGCAGGUGCGUGGUGCCCCCCGUCAUCGCCCCGCCCCUCGUUCAGGAAAACCCCACGUUUUUCGUCCAGUAGAAGACAUAACAGAGGAUGAGCUGCAGCUGGUAGCCAGCAACAUGACAGAGAAGAUCUAUAACAGGGUCACUGGCACGACGUGUCACCAGUGUCGACAGAAGACGGUGGACACCAAAACCUGUUGCCGUAGCGAGGAUUGCCGUGGUAUCCAAGGGCAGUUUUGUGGGCCUUGUCUGCGUAACAGAUAUGGAGAGGAUGUCAAGACAGCGCUGCUUGACCCGGAGUGGAGAUGUCCUCCGUGUCGUGGGAUCUGUAACUGUAGUUUCUGCCGUCAGAGGGAUGGACGCUGUCCCACGGGAAUUCUGUUUCCAUUGGCACAGUAUCACGGCUUCUCUGACGUCCACUCUUACCUGACCAGUCUUCGCAGUAAGCUGAAAACUGGCGAUGAAGAGGACAUCUAA